UCUUGUUAUAACUGCUUGUCAUACAUUUUACCGUAACCAGUUGGCUUUUAAGAUAUGUGCCGGUGCCAUGGUCACUGCUAGUGUUUUCCUUGGUCCUGUAGCCUUCUGUUUUGGCACCUCUUUUCACCACACAAUGAGACCAUUAAUGUGGAUUGAAAUGAUGCUCAUUUUGUCUCAGGCCUCUGGCGCUAGUGGUGUGGAUUGGAAAGCUAAUUACCCAAAGGUUGUUUUUACCAAUAUGGAAGAUGAUGUGACCAUACCAUGCAAUGUUACCUAUCCCACAUCCCCAUCUAAAAAGCCUAUCCAGGCCUACUGGAAACGCCUGGGACCAACUGAACUAAACAUCACUGAUAAUGACAAGAAUGAAUUCCUCUAUCACCCCAACAACACAUUCGUCAUCAAGAGUUUUCAGACCAGGACCAUGCUGAUAGGAAAUGUCAGUAAGGGAAACUGCUCCCUGGAGAUCAAGAGAAUUCAAAAUGGCGACAUGGGGCCCUUCUACUUCAGAAUUGCCACUGGAGCCAACAACUUCAGUUUUAUUAAAGAACUUGUCUACAUUAACAUAUCUGGAACCUCCGGGACUAUUCCAACCAUACCAAAGGACAAGUCAAACACAGGUGAUUCCACGACUACUGUCCCACUAACCACAGAAUUGCGUGAGGAAGGGCUGUCCAUGACCAUAUCUAUUGCCAUUGCGGUCCCAGUGGUUGCAGUUCUACUGGUUUCUGUAUUGGGGAGUGUUUGGUUCUUCAAGUACAGGAAAAGGUCCAGGUGUGUCAUCACUAAGCAAGAGUCUGGGUAUUAUGCUAAUUUCACCAUGACAACUCCAACGACCAAACCUGAAAGAGUCAAAACUACAAAGAAGAAAGAUGAUGCCCAAGUUCCUCCUCCAAAGGUCAUCGAUGAGCCCGUCUAUGGCAACGUCCAGUAUCCAAACGAUCCGAUGGACGGUAUGGAUCAAAUGGACAGUGUAUAUGCAAAUGUGGAUGAUGUAAAACAGUGAUAAAGCCGCAACUCAGACAUCAGCAUUGCUUAAUAAUACUUGUUGUGUGUGUGUUUGUUUUUUAUCUUGAUUGUUUUCUUGUCGAAAGGCAGCUUACAGAGUGUCAGCCCUCAUUUCUCACAUCCUGUUUGACUUUCACUUGGUUAGACAAAAAUAUGUGCAGUUUGUUUGUUAAAUGUAAUAUACAUAAUUCAGUAUGUAACUAUUUUUGAAAGGACUGACUUUCAAAUAAGCAUAGUUACUGAGAUGAUAUGCUUCCGGUUGUUUGAUUCAAUCUAUGUCAAAACAUUUCACACAAAAACAGCUCUCGCAGUCCUAUAUUGACAAGCAUUCGCAACUAAACGUAACAUUUGUUCUGAGUUGGACAGAAACAUAAUGUUGCCAGAAAUUUAACAAUCUUUCUGGGUAGUCACGAGUGAAUGAAGUCAAACACAUGAGAUUGACGUGUCAAAGUGAAUACAUUUUUAGAGUUUUGA